AUGGAGUCGCUGCUUGCGGCUGGCCCUGCAGUCCCAGAGGUGGAGGGCGAUGGCCGCAAUGACUGCAGUGUGAGCCUGCUGCGAAGGUGGCGGGAAGUCGAGCUGAACUCGCCCGUGAAACCGGGUGAGCGAAGUGGCGCAUCCAGUGUCAUAUACCAGGAUGCGCUGUAUGUUUUUGGUGGAUAUGGCGGCAGUGGUCGACUAGACGACAUCUACCGCUUCAACUUUCCAUCCAGGUACUGGACCAGACUUGAAGUCCAGGGAACAGUUCCCGCAGGCCGUGAGAACAACGGAGCUGUUGUCCACGGCAACAAGAUGUAUUUGUUCGGGGGCUAUUCCGGCUUCACCUGGUUGAACGACUUCCACAGCUUCAACUUCGACACGAGUACCUGGCAGGCGGUGCCGUCGGGCCACAAAGGCAGCGUGCCUUCGACUCGAUUCGGCUACGUCUCAGCCGUGCAUGGCGAUUUCAUGUACGUCUUCGGCGGCUACGACGGCUCCGCAUGGUUGAACGAUAUGUUCGACUUCGACUUUGAACGGGGGUCGUGGUACUCGACGCAGGUGCAAGGGUUCAUCCCUUCCGGCAGGAGUUGUCCGUCCUGGGCCACUCACAAUGGAUCAGUCUACCUUUUCGGUGGCUACGACGGCGUUCACCGAAUGAACGACUUCCACCAGUUCCGGAUGGGCUCCAGGACCUGGUCGUCCGUGCGGUCGGCUGGACAGGUGCCAUCUCCUCGCUACUUCCAUGCCAGCGUAGUCUACGGCAAUUCGUUGUUUCUCUUCGGAGGCUACAGUGGGCAGGAGCGCUUAAAUGACCUCUACGAGUUCCGCUUCGACUGCCACACUUGGUUCAUCCUGAGCACAGAAGAACCUCCCAGUGGCAGAUCAUCACUGGUCGCAGAGGUUUUUAACAACUCCUUGUACGUUUUCGGCGGCUACAAUGGCAGCAUAGUGCUCAACGACUUUUACGAGUUCAGAUUCGAGCCUGUUAGCAUACCGCCGUCAAACUUGGUGGAUGACCUGCGAAAGCUGAUCAACAAUCCAGCGUUCGCUGAUGUCACUUUUGUAGUUGAAAAUCAGUCCGUGUACGCAACGCGUGCGCAUCUGGCUGCUCGGUCCGAGCACUUCAGAGCGCUCUUCUAUGGAGGCAUGCGUGAGUCGUCCGAUGCCGAGGAGCAAAUCGUGCUUCAAGAUGUCGCGCACCCCGUCUUCCUCCUGCUACUAGAGUAUAUCUACACCGAUCAGGUCGGAGAAAUUUCCUCCGAGCUGGCGGUGCAUUUGCUCAUUGCAGCUGAGCGGUUCCUCUUAGAUCGCUUGAAGGCGCUGUGUGAGGACAUCAUCCGAAAAUCGAUCUCCAUUGACAAUGUCGUCCAAAUCAUGAUGACGGCCAAGGCGCAUCGAGCGGACGGCCUGAAAGACAUCUGCAUGGACUUCAUCAUCACCAACGAAGAGAAAAUCAAGCCGACCCCGGCUUUCAAGGAGCUGAUCCAGGAGCCCACGCUGAUGUACGAGCUUCUGAUGCGGCGAAAGCCUACAAAGUGA